GUUCAGUUAAUGCAAGAUGAACUUGUUUAAAUUUUUUUCACACUUCGUUGGUAAAAUCUACUUCUUACGGACUUAACGCUAUGUUUACAGCCGAGUUACAUGAUACAUGCACGUUGAAUUAAACAUUAUAAAGUAUGUUCAACACCGAAAAUGAAUACUAAACGGCGUAUAUUUUACAAACUUUCAUCUAUGUAUGGGAAUAUAUUCAUUUUAUCUUGUUUAUUAAAAGUCGUUAAUGGAUUUGAAUUGACUAUUCUGCAUACGAACGAUGUUCACGCGAGAUUUGAACAAUUCAACAAAUACGGUUCAGAUUGUUCAGAAAAUGAUGUCAGAAAUGGACAAUGUUUUGGCGGUGUGGGAAGAAGGCUUUCUAAAAUUAAGGAAAUCCGUGCCAGUCACAACAAUGUUUUACUUUUGGAUGCUGGGGACCAGUUCAUGGGAACAACUUGGUUCAACGUAUAUAACGGAAGAGCUACGUCGUAUGUUAUGAAUAAGCUAGGAUACAGCGUUAUGUGCCUUGGAAACCACGAGUUUGACCUUGGAGUAGAAGGCCUUGUAAAGUUUCUUGACAACGUGACGUUUCCGGUGGUUAGCGCUAAUACGGACGUAAGAAAUGAACCUCGGCUGAAUGGAAAGUUUUUAAAGUCAGUUGAAAUUACUGUUGGUGAGGAAACUAUUGGAAUAGUCGGAUAUACAUCGCAAGAAACUCCACAGAUAUCGCAACCAGGGCCAACAAUUAGCUUUGAUAACAUAUUUACAACAGUACGCGAAGAAGUAUCGGCACUCAAAUCGAGAGGAAUUAACAAAAUCAUAGCUUUAGGACACGCAGGCUUCAACAUUGAUAAACAAGUAGCAGCAAUCGAUGGAAUAGAUCUCGUUGUCGGGGGUCAUACAAAUACCUUUUUAUACAACGGGAAACAGCCAGCAAGAGAGGAGAUAGAAGGUCCCUAUCCUGUUGUUGCUGACCAGGCUGGAGGGGGUAAAGGUCUAGUGGUCCAGGCUUUCACGAUGGGAAAAUAUCUUGGCUACCUCAACAUUACUUUUGACUCUAAUGGUGUUUUGGAGAAGUAUUCAGGAAAUCCCAUACUUCUUGAUACAAGUGUUCAGGAAAAUUCCGAAAUACUGCCUUACAUUAACGAAUGGAAGAAACCAGUUACUGCUUUGGCUGCAGCAAUUAUUGGUUACUCAAAUGUUGUUUUAGACAGAGAAAAUUGUCAAUCAAGGGAGUGCAAUUUGGGAAACCUUGUGACAGACGCCAUAGUUGAUUACCAUGUCAAUUUCUCCCAUCCAGCCUCAACUUGGGCACCUGCCGCCAUUGCCGUAUGGAACGGAGGUGGUAUUAGAUCAUUUAUUGACAAAGGAGACGUUUCAGCAGGUGAAGCAAUGGCGGUAAUGCCGUUUAGGAACGAGAUAGAUGUUGUUACUGUUACGGGCAAGAAUAUUCGAGACCAGCUCGAACAUUCCAUAGAAGGAUGGAGUCCAAAGGAAGGGGUUGCUCAAUUUCUUCAAGUGUCUGGUCUAAAGGUUGUGUACAACCCGCAAAACCCGACUGGUAGUCGUGUUGUGUCUGUGGAAGCAAGGUGUUUAGAGUGUGAAGUACCAAGUUAUUCGCCUCUACAGGACGAAGCUAACUACAGGAUAUUCCUGUCCACAUUCUUGCUAGGUGGUGGAGAUGGGUACAACUUUCAACCGUCACUACGGGAACGCUUUAAUACAUUAGACUUGACACCUGUGAUGGAGUAUUUCAAGAAGCACAGCCCCGUGUUCCCAUCUACAGAAGGAAGAAUAACUUUUGUUACACAUAGAUCUACCUCAUCCGCAACAAAACUGUCGACUGUAACAUUAAUCUUCUUUGUGGAGUUGUUAAUCUAUUAUUUAUAGCAAUUAUAUCAAACAUGUCGCCUGUAAUUGUUUCUAAAUAUUUCUAAAUAUUGACAUAGAUGCGAAAUUUUAUAUUGGCUAUUUGCUCGUAAAUUAUGUUUGAAUUCCAGCCUAUGGUAUAUCAACUAGAUUUUUUCUCUAGAGUUUAAGUUAUGUGCUUUUUCUUCAAAAACGUCUUUGGAAAUGUCUUUUUAAAAGGAAAGAUAAGAUUAAUGUUAAGAAAGAAAGCCACGAUAGUAAAUAUAUUUUGCAUUGUAAUUCGUUGUAUAAUUCAGAUAUCUUACGAGCAAAAAUGUUCUUAUCUUAUUCAACACAAAAAGUACAAGACAUUUGUCUUUGCACAGAUGAAAUAUAUUAAAGAAUUAAACUGUAUUAAAGAUAAAACAUCACACAAAAUUC